AUGCAAGUUGAACAAAAAGUAUUUUCUGAUGAAUCAUCCGAUUCGGAUGUAAAUCUUCAAUGUCUUUUAUCCGAAGGAAAAAUACAACCAGGCUUAUACAAGAGCAAGGAGAAAAAACAGCCAUUACAAUUAAACAAAGAACUAAAUCAAAAACUCGAAUCGUUUACUCAAUCUAACCUUGAUUGGAUACAAAGACUUGACAUUUCUGUCGAUUCAACCCCAUUUUUAUCAAUUAUUUCCGACACAAACAACAAUCCUUCCCAAAACGAUUUUACUGACAAAAACCGCCGUGAAAAACUAAUUUUCCACAUGACACAAAAAGCUGUUUCUGAGGGACUAAAAAGACUUCACUCCUCUGGAAUUGCCACUGUCCGUCCCCCUGACUAUUUGGCCGAAAUGGCUAAAAGUGAUAUUCACAUGGAAAAAAUACGCAAAAAGUUAUUGCAAGUCGAUAAAAUGACGGAAAAGGCUGCAAAGUCACGUCAACUCCGUGAUCUCAAAAAACAGUCCAAAGCAAUAAAUUCGGAAGUUAAGCGACAAAAACAGGCAGAGAAAAAACAGUUUAACGAAAAAAUUAGAAGUUUCAAGGCAGGCAAGAUUAAGUCUUUGGAUUUUUUGGAGGAAGGGAAUUUGAAAUUGGAAGCAAGAAAAGAAAGAAGGAAGUUAAAAAAGGAAAAUAAAAAAGCUCAAAAAAAUUCUUCAAAAAAGACCAAUUUUCGAUCUAAGGGAAGGGUUUAUUUAAUUAAAGAAGCAAGUAAAUUACAACUGAAUUAA